GCGCUAUGAUUUGCAAUCUUCACAUGCCCUACUUGAAAUCAUAAUUCAUUAGCGUACUUUGUUUUGAAGAUGGGGAAUCGUAGGUUUUAUCUAACUCUAGGGUUGUAAUUGUUCUUGCACAAUGUGUGUAAUGCACACGACGUGUUUGAGAAAAUUCCUAUGUGGUUUUCUUCAUCACGCUCUAACAACAACAACAACAUAUCCACAGUAGUGGAGUCAAGAUUUUCACUAAAGCAUUUGGAAGUUUUGUGAUUCAUCAAACAAAAUUUGGAAGUCGUUUUGAUCGAACGUUGAACUCAAGUGAGUACAAGGUUCUAGAAUGGAUGCUUACAUGGCUGGAACUCCUGUUCCUCAGUCUGCUUACCAUUGGCCGGUGGAGGAAGUUAAAGAGUCUACCCUCUUGAUUCGGCAUCUUCCAGAUGCAAUUCCUCAUGAAACCCUUUCUAGAUUGCUCUCCAAUUAUGGGGCAUCUUCUAUUCGUCCUUAUACUAGUGGGAGAAUGAGGAACUGUGCAUUCGUGGAUUUCAAGGAUGAAGGUCUGGCACAUCAAGCGCAACAGCAUUUGAAUGGGGUACGUUUUCUUGGUAAAACCCUAGCAGUGGAACACGCUAAUAGAAGCACAGAGAGAGAUAAAAAUAGACAAAUUGAACGUCGGAUUGGAGAUGACUCGGUCUCUUUGAUCAAAGAUGCUGCUGCUAAAGAAUUUGGUGGAGGAUCUAGGGCAGGUCUUUAUCCAGGCAGAGAACCCAUUGCUGAAAGACUUGGGGUGGAUUAUCCAUUUCCUCCUCAUCUUGAAUACGUUUACCCUCCACCUGAUGGACAUAUACUUACAAAUAUUGUAAAUGCUCUUAUUGCUGUUCCUCGGUUCUACACACAGGUCUUGCACUUGAUGAACAAGAUGAAUAUUCCAGCACCAUUUCGUAUGGCUUUGCCAACUCCACCUCUACCAACCUCCCCGUCUGUUCCUCCUCCACCCCCUCCUCCACCUCCGCCAACAGUCUCUAAGAGUAGAAUGGAUGAUCUAUCAAGUAGUGAAUCAGAAAUGGAGUCUUCAGAUGAGGAAGCUCCAAAUGUCGGUAGGCCUAAAAAAAAGCGUAUCAAACAUGAAGCUAUCUUAGGCCCUGCAGUUGACAAGGAUGUUGCUCACGAGGCUGUUGGAUUAAGAGCUGCUGCCUUGGUUCCUAAAGAGAUGCCGGUUGUUAAGAAGAAGAACCCAAUAAUUCAGAUUAAAGUAGCACCUAAACAGGGACAAAAUGAAGAGAAGGGUGAUGCGAGUGCAAUUUUGUUAGCAGUGGAAGAAAAAGAGAACGAUUAUAAACCUUUUACAACCCUUGAAGAGUUAAAAAGUGGAAGAUUGCCCCCAGAAGAGAUUCUGUCACUUCCUAUGUUUAAGAAUUAUAGUGCUGGGAAUCCUUCUCAGAUCUUGUACUUGAAGAACUUAGCAAAAGAAGUGAUUGUUGAUGAUAUUUACUUCAUAUUUGGAUCUUUGUUUGGAAGCAUCGAUGAAGCUAAAUCCAGUCUUGCAGUAAAGUUAAUGCAGGAAGGGAGAAUGCGUGGACAAGCUUUUGUUACAUUUCCCUCUGUUGAACUUGCUCAAAAUGCCUUGAAUCUGGUGAACGGGUAUGUGUUUAAAGGCAAGCCUAUCGUCAUUCAGUUUGGUCGUGAUCCUGCUAAAGUAAAACCAAGCUAGAGAGAGUUUUUGCAACAAGGGCAGUUUAAGCCUCAGCUCAAUAUUUUAAGUACACUGAGCCCGUGUUUUGAGCAACAAUGUCGGUAAAGAUCAUUUGAGUUACGAGAUUGAUGGUGCCCAGGUAAUGUAAAAGGAGUCAAGCGAAUGAAGAUGCUGCUGGGGAAGGAAGGAAAGUAGGGCUUCCUUUCCGGACUAGAGAAGGUCAAACUCUGGGCGGGCUGUCAGGUUUUACCUAUGCAAUGGUUUCACCAGAUGUUUGGAGCCACAAACGCACAGAUACUAUUGUGAUUUCUUCAUUGAAGCACAAUUGGCCUGCUGGAGCCUGAUAAUAACGUUCAUUGUUUAUAGUGUAUCUCUGGAUUUUCUUUCAUUGGCAAUUCAUUGGAUUAGGUUAGAGGACUCUGUUGUUUCAUUAGUAUGGCAUGUUAAUUACAUUUCACUAUUCAGAAUCAUUUUUGCAAUGUCAAGUAGCCUAGCUUUUUUGCUUAAAA